AAGACAAGCAAGAGGAACAAAAUGGCAGAAUCUUUACCACCAAGACAAAGCAGGGGAGAGGAAGGCAUGGAGCAACUAUUUACACCUGGUUCCAGAGAUCUCCUGUCUGAUGAUCACUUACUGUGUUCUAUCUGUCUGGAUGUGCUCAAUGAACCUGUCACCACUGCAUGUGGGCACAACUUCUGCAGGACCUACCUCACACAAUACUGGAACAAGGAUGAAGUUUGCCCGUACUGUAAACAGACAUUCACCAGAACACCUGAACUCAAGAUAAAUACAACACUAAAAGAGGUUGUAGAUCACUUCAGGAUGAAAAGUGGUGGUCUGAAUAAACCUGAGGUGCUCUGUGACUAUUGUACUGGAGUGAAGCUGAAGGCUUUGAAGUCCUGUCUGGUGUGUCUGACCUCUUAUUGUGAGACUCACCUGGAGCCUCAUCAGAACAUCUCGGCCUUAAAAAAACACAAACUGAUAAACCCUGUGAAGAACCUGGAGAGCUACAUAUGUCAGAAGCAUGAGAGACCCCUGGAGCUGUUCUGUAGAGAUGACCAGAUGUGUGUGUGUCAGUUUUACACUGAGAUAGACCGCAAGACUCACAGGACUGUUCCUGUAGAGGAGGAGAGCAGACAGAAAAAGACACAGCUGGGAAAGUCAAAAACAGAAUUGCAGCAGAUGGUUUUAGACAGACUGAAGAAGAUCGAGGAGGUCAAACUCUCAGUAGAGCUCAGAAAAGUGGAAACACAGAAAAAAAAGAUUGCAGACAGUGUUGAGGUCUUCACUACUCUGAUACGCUCCAUUGAGAGAAGCCAGGCUGAACUGCUUCAGGUGAUGGAGGAGAAGCAGAAAGCAGCAGAGAGGCGGGCUGAAGGACUCAUUAAAGAUCUGGAGCAGGAAAUCACUGAUCUAAAGAGGAGAGACACUGAGCUGGAGCAGCUCUCCCACACUGAGGACCACCUCCACCUCCUACAGAUGUACCCAGCCCUGAGCAGCCCUCCACACACCAAGAACUGGACUGACACUGAUGUGAAUGAGGAGACUGUGAGGAAAGCUCUCUCUCAGCUUCAGAAGACUCUGAAUGAAAAACUCUUUCAAACAUUGAUUGAGAAGUUGAAAGAAACAGUAUACACAGACCUGAAGAGGUUCAAGAAGUAUGCAGUUGAUGUGACUCUGGAUCCUGAUACAGCUCGCUCCCAUCUUAUCCUAUCUGAUGAUGGAAAACAAGUGACACAUGGAGACACAGAACAGAAUCUCCCUGACAACACAAAGAGGUUUAACUGGUUCUUCGGUGUUCUGGGAAAGAAGAGGCUCUCUUCAGGGAGAUUUUACUAUGAGGUUCAGGUGAGGAGGAAGACUGAUUGGGAUGUUGGAAUGGCCAGAGAGUCAGUUGACAGGAAGGGUACAAUAUGGAACUCAGAGAAUGGAUACUGGACUAUGAUGAGGGGUGGAAAAAAUUAUCAGUCCUCUACUGACCCACUUACCAGUUUGAUCCUAAAAGAGAAGCUACAGUCAGUGGUGGUGUUUGUGGAUUAUGAGAUGGGUCUGGUCUCCUUUUAUGAUGUGAAGGCCAGGUCUCAUAUCUACUCUUUUACUUGUCAGUCUUUCUCUGAAAAACUCUACCCAGUCUUUAAUCCAUUCUAUAAUAAUAAGAGUAAAAAUUCUGCUUCUCUAAUCACACCAGUCACUCAGUCCAAAUUAUUUUUUUUCUUCCAUAAAUGAUCACCAACUAAGGUAGUAUUGUCACUAUAAUUUUGUAAUUUAAGAGUUUUGAAAUUAAAUCUUAUGUCAAAUCUGAAAUGCAGCAUUAUUUAUUGGAACGAAAGGAUAUGUGUCCAAUAUCAGGUCUGGAACUGAGUCUGAGUAAAUACAAAAGUCUGAAAUGCACAUUACUGCACAUGAAAAUUAAGUAUUGAACAUAUAUGAAGUAUAUACAUGUUACAUAUGCUUAAGUAAGUUCCAGAACAUUUUACAAAUUAAAGUACAUAA